UUUUUUUUUUUUCACGUUUCGACGUUUCAUCUUCUUCCUUCAUUGUACCGGUUGUCGUUUCGUUCUGUGGGAAAUUCCAAAACGAAAUUCACUUCGUUGCAUUUUGAGCCCUAUUGCUGUCUUGCCGAAAUUUUGCUUCAUGUCUCUUUAUUUGUUUGUUUUCGUUGUUCUGAAUGAUAAACAGGUGUUGCAAGUUUAGUGUUGGUUGCAUUUGAACUGUAAUCUUUUUAGGUUUGUCGAGCCUGAUUCGUAGUAGAUACCGAUCACCUCAGCAUUUGAUCCAUGUAUGGAUAUCUAUGUGCCACGAGGAGAAAUUUCUUGUAGGCACGAAAGGUGUUACAGAAACAUUUAUUGAUCUAAGACCUAGCCAGUAAAAUGCUACCUAAGAAGCACGGAUACUACAAAAGGUGGCUUGUUACAAUGACACGAAACGAUACUUUUUUUUCUCGACACAAGGGAAGAGUAAGUUUGCUUGCUAGUUACUAAGGAGGAUGGGAUCUAUGAUGAAUGGUGGCUUAUGUGAUCGGAGUUUGAACACAAGGCCAAUGGAGAAUGUUUAUUGCACCUCUUUUGGUGUUUUUCUCAAGUUCAAGAAGCCGAAGGUUUCUGCUAUUCGUGACUUUCCUCCCGGGUGCGGACCAUACAUGCUGCUUAACAAUCUGAUGUCCCAGGAUACUGAGGCAGGAGCAUCACGUAUGCAAGAAGAGAAUUCGGUGGCUGAUGAAAAGACUGUGAAUGGGUCAGUAUAUGACUCUGUCAAAAUUUCAGGAAUUGGAAAUGGAUCAUUAUCUCCUCAGUUGGUGAAAAGUUCAGUGAAGUCGGAACUGCCAGGCUUGCUUGAUUUGGAGGUGAAGCUGAUGGCUGCAGCUGAGAAGGUCAAGCCAGAGAAUUCAGAAUGUUUGCAUGAAGUGGAAGCGCAGGCAGUGGUGAAGAGUGAAGGUGCACCAGAAAGAGACAUUGCUUCAGAUAUUAGUUCUAUGGUCGAUGGGAUGGUUCCACCUGGUGGUUCAAAAGCACAGUCUCCGCAACCGUGGCCUAGUAGUGAUGCAACCAUCUUGAAGGAGACUACCCUGAAAAAUGAGUACCAUGGGAGAAGGGUUUCUGCUAAACGCGACUUCCCUCUAUUUUGUGGAAGAAAUGCUCCACAGGCGACUGAAGAAGAGCGCAUGGUUAUUGUCUUGGGAAAUAGGACUUUUAGUGCUCCGUUUGAGGCAUCAGUUCAGGGUGGGUUGUUAAGAGAGAGAGUGAGGGUUAAAGGAGAAAGCUGUUCAGUGAGAGAGACAGAAUGGAGUCGCAUUGAGGAAUUGGAUGGUGGUGUUCAAGAUGGAAAUGCCCUCAAAAGGGUGUUGAAAGGACUUGUGACUAACACAAAGAACAAAUCUCCAGAAGCUGUUGCGAAAGGCAGGGCACUGACAGAGACUGUGAGGGCUGAGGUGGAAGGCGCUCCACUGAGAGUGAUAGCAAGGGCCGGUGAUGGAGAUGUUAGAGAUGGAAAUGCUCAGAAGAGGAAGUUGGAAGGGAGUGUGCUUGAACCAAGGACCCAGUUCCAAAAAGUAACUCAAACGGGUCUUAACAGAAGGCCUUCUGGUGGUGGUGUUGCUUUGGGACGUGGAGUGGAAAAGGUGAUUGUGCAAGGCUUGAUGGCUGCAACAAAUCAUUCAGGGAGGUGUGGGAAUGAGGGAGGGGAUGUCGUUAGUAGCCUGAAUGGUUUGAAGGUUGGAAACAAGGCGAGGAGACAUGAGGUUAGCCAUGUCAAAGGCCGCAACUUAUCUACAUCUUUCAGCAGGGUAAACUUUUAUGAAGGAGAUCAUACGGGACAAGGGCAAAAUUCUAUAAAGAAGAAAUUGCUUUCUUCUAGAAAGCAUGUGAGUGUAGGGAAGCUUGAUGUGGUCAAGGAUGAGGCAGGUUUUGCUUUACAGUGGAAGAAUGGAAGUUCUCCCUCAAGUCAGAGAGAACAUCAUGAUCUCGAAGUGAAACUUCCUCCUUUUGGUCCCAAUAGUUCGAGUCAUGGUAACAUGGCUAACAAAGUGAGGGAGACCCUUCGCUUAUUCCAAGUUAUCUGCAGAAAGCUCUUGCGAGGAGAAGAAUCGACUGUGUGGACACAAGGAUCCUUGAGAAGAAGGAUUGAUCUGCAAGCAGAUAAGAUUAUCAGGGCUAGAGGAGUUAAGACAGGCAAACAGCUAAUAGGAUCGGUGCCAGGAGUUGAAGUGAAUGACCAAUUUCAGUAUAGGGUGGAGCUUGCACUUGUUGGUGUUCAUCGACCCUACCAAGGCGGCAUUGAUUACAUGAAACAUGGUGAAAUGAUCAUUGCAACGAGUAUUGUUUCCUCUGGCAGCUACGCCGAUGAUUUGGACAACCCUGAUGUUUUGGUUUAUUCUGGUCAGGGAGGAAAUGUAGUAGGUAAGGUCAAACGACCUGAAGACCAGAAGCUUCAAAGAGGGAACUUGGCUCUGAAAAAUAGUAUAUCAGUGAAGAAUCCAGUCAGGGUAGUCCAUGGAUUUAAAGAGACGAAAGCCUCUGGCUCGGAUGCAUCAGAAAAGAUUGUUCUUACAUAUAACUACGAUGGCUUGUAUACAGUUGAGAGGUACUGGCAAGAGGUUGGACCACAUGGGAAGCUGGUUUACAUGUUUGAGUUGAAGAGAAUGCCAGGCCAACCAGAGGUUUCUUGGAAAGAAGCAAAGAAAUCAAAAAAGUACAAAGUACGGGAGGGGGUUUGUGUUGGUGAUAUUUCAGGAGGGAAAGAGUCAUUUCCCAUUUGUGCUGUCAACACCAAAAGCAAAGAGAAACCACCGAAAUUCAAUUACGUAACUCUGAUGAAAUAUCCUGAUUGGUACCACUCUUCUCCUCCUAGGGGAUGUGAUUGUAUUGGUGGAUGCUCAGUCCCUAAAAAAUGCUCAUGUGUGGUCAAGAAUGGUGGAGAGUUUCCAUAUAACUACAACGGUGCUAUCGUGGAGGUAAAGUCUUUGGUCUAUGAGUGUGGUCCAGCUUGCAAGUGCCCUCCUUCUUGCUAUAAUAGAGUCAGCCAACAUGGAAUUCGAAUUCAGCUUGAAAUCUUCAAAACACAGUUGAGGGGCUGGGGUGUCAGAUCCCUAGCUGCUAUUCCUUCAGGAAGUUUUAUAUGCGAGUACAUUGGGGAGCUGCUUGAGGACAAAGAGGCUGAACAAAGACAAACCGACGAGUAUUUGUUUGAUAUUGGGCAAAACUAUAGUGAUUGUUCUCGUGUUGGACUUUCUAGUGGAGUUGUGGAGGGUAGUUGUUUCACGAUAGAUGCAGCACAGCGUGCCAAUGUGGGGAGGUUCAUCAACCACAGUUGCUCCCCUAACCUUUAUGCACAGAAUGUCCUCUAUGAUCAUGAGGACAAGAGGAUGCCCCACAUAAUGCUCUUUGCUGCUGAGAAUAUUCCUCCCUUGAAGGAAUUGACUUACCACUACAACUAUGCAGUGGAUCAGGUUCGAGAUUCAAACGGUGAAAUUAGAAUGAAGACGUGCUACUGUGGUUCUGCAGAGUGCACCGGCAGGAUGUAUUAACUUGGGGAAGAGAGAGGUUGGAUCUUCAUCCAGAGGUGGGGAUCCCUUCGUUAGUGCAAGAGUUGUUUCUGGAUGGUGUCUGUUUUUAGGAUCUGCUUAUGGUUUUUGGUCAUAUGAGCAAGAGUUGAAAGAAGGGUUAAAUUUUUUUAGUCUUUUGGGAAUUGGGACAGUGUUCUUAGUUGGUGGCAGCUGAAACAUUAGUCUUCCAUCAAUUUUUGACAUUAGUUUCUCAAGUUGUUUCUAUAUGACACAUUUCCGAUUAGGUACGGAUUGCUUGGCAGCAAUUUUGAGGCUACUCCCUACUACAGGUGAGACCACCGCACUCUGACAAGAAAUUAGUUAGCUGAUAUAGCAUGUUGUUUGGAGUUAUUAUCUGUUCCUUUGGAUUAACCAUCUGAUUUAGCAUGUUGGUGAUUUUGCAUUUUGUUUGGAGUAACAAGAAACUAGUGAAACAAUAUGUUUGAAGUCUUUGGAAUGAUGACACUUUCUUCACGAA